UCUGACAGCCGCACGUUUGUUUUUUGCGCCGCCGACUUUCUGAUUUUGAUUUCACGUGAAAACGAAAAGUGCCCGAUCCUGAUAUGGCCACCGGACUGGAGGGCAUCAAGCUGGAGGCUCUGUCCAUCAGCGAGGGCAUCCGCGACUUUCCCGUCUGCAUCAUUGUCCUGGGAAUGGCCGGCAGCGGCAAGACCACAUUCACCAAAAGUCUCAUCCAGCACGCCCAGGAGAAAUUCAAUCCGUAUGUGGUUAAUCUGGAUCCCGCCUGUCGGGAGGUGCCCUAUGCGGCGCACGUCGACAUCCGGGACACGGUCAACUACCGUGAGGUGAUGAAGCAGUACCAGUUGGGACCGAACGGUGGCAUUGUGACUGCCCUAAACAUGUUCACCACAAAAAUGGCCCAGUUUGCGGAGCUGGUGCGUCGCGCUGGAGAGCGAGGCCAUAAGUGGUGUAUCAUCGACACUCCCGGCCAGAUCGAGGUCUUCACCUGGUCCGCCUCCGGUAACAUAAUCACCGAGGGCCUGGCCACCCUGUUUCCCACCGUUGUGGUCUAUGUUAUGGAUGUGGUGCGCAGCGCCUGUCCCACCACAUUCAUGUCCAACAUGCUGUACGCCUGCUCUAUCCUGUACAAGACCCGUCUGCCCUUCCUGGUGGCCCUUAAUAAGAUUGACUUGCAGGACUGCAGCUUCAUCAAGGACUGGAUGACGGACUUUGAGACGUACCAGGAGGCUCUGGAGGAGGAGCAGAGCUUCGUGAGCAAUCUGACCCGCACCAUGUCCCUCACCCUGGACACCUUUUACGAAAAUCUGACCACCUGUGGCGUUUCCGCCAAAACAGGCGUGGGAUUUGCCCAGCUCCUGCAGAAGGUUCUGGAGUGCGUGUCGGAGUACGAGAAGGAUUACAAGCCAGUCUACGAGAAGAUGAGGAAAGAACGCCUGGCCCAAGAAGCAGCUACUCCCCAGCCGGCUGUCAAUGUGGCGGAAUCUGGAGUGCCAGUGCCCUUGGGAUUGGGUCUAAAAGAUCCACCUCCACACUCUGGAAACGGAAUCUUUCUAAUGGCACCUGGCUUAGUGCCGCAGGAAGCCGAAGACGAGACAGAAGACAUGGAACUGGAUCCCAAGGAACCGAUGGAGGAUCAGAACUUCCAGAGCUUCGUUCAGAACCACCUGUCAGCCCAGCAGACCAAAAGGGAUAAGCUGGAGAAGCAGAAUAAUUCUUAGCAUGGAUCCAGGAUCCAGGAUUAGGAUUUAGAUUACAAGAGUGAUAAUAAAAAUUAUAAAUAAUAUUUUAAUGAAA